AUGGUCGAGCCGACCAACCACGCUGGCCCACAAGGGCCCAAACGUCAACCCGAGGUGUCUGAAAAAGACCUGAAACAUCAAGCUGACAUGCAGGGGUCGAAAAGUCAGCCUGAAGUCUCGGAGAAGGAUCCGGAUGAUGGAGCUGACACACAGGGUUCAAAAGGUCAGCCCGAAGUCUCGGAGAAAGAUUCGGCUGAUGGAGCUUCGAAGGAAACGCCGGAGCGCCCGGUCACACCAAAUGUCCUUUUCUACGAAGAUAACGGUGGUCAGGUUCAUAUCGUCGCAGAAGGUGAUGAGGCCGUAGCCGAGCAUGACAAGUCUGAUGAAAAAAGGCCCGAUCCCCGUCCCAAACGUCCCGAUGGAAAGGUGGAAUUGACCCGAGAUCUGGCGCCAGAGUGUACUGCAUAUGAAUACCCAGGGUGGAAAAAAUGGUACAUUCUUUGCGUUGUGUUUCUGGUGCAAGUGAGUAUGAACUUUAAUACGUCGGUAUAUCCGAACGCUACGGGUAUGAUUCCAGAUGACUCUCGAUUCGAGGGAGUCGGUGAUCAAGGCGCACGCGCAAGCCAGAUGAUCUUUUUGGUGGCGUAUGCCUUUGGCUCCGAACUCUGGGCGCCUUGGAGUGAAGAAAUUGGACGAUGGCCGAUUAUGCAGCUAUCGCUAUUCCUCGUCAACAUAACUCAGCUCUGGGGUGUGUAUGCGAAUAACUAUAAUACCCUUCUUGCUGCGCGUUUCUUCGGCGGUCUGUUUACGGCUGGCGGUAGUGUGACGUUGGGAAUGGUAGCGGAUUUGUACGACGCAGAGGAUCACCAGUUUGCUAUUGCCUUCAUUGUUCUCUCAUCUGUGAUUGGUACAUCGUGCGGUCCCAUUGUCGGUGGAUUUGUACAGAAUGCUAACGGGGAAUCAUUCAACGGUGUAAGGUGGGUCUUCUGGCUCAUGCUUAUCUUUGGUGGCUUCACGCAGCUUGUGCAUGGACUCACCGUGCCAGAAACGCUUUGCUCGACGAUGCUGGACCGCGAGGCCAGGCGACGUCGUGCGGCGGCCAAGGCGCUAGUGAACGGGACGGACCCGAAAAAAGAGCUAGGAUUAUGGGACCGGCUAUGGUACAAACCGCCGAUGUGCAAGCCUCGUAAGCGGGAUGUUGUCUUGUACGGUCCCCACGAGCUUACGAAAGAUCGUUUCCAUCCAAAGCAAAUUGGCAAGCUUUGGAUCCGCCCAUUCCACAUGAUAGCGACUGAACCCAUUGUACUGUUCCUCUCGCUUCUUAGUGGAUUUUCGGAUGCUCUCAUUUUCACCUUUUCUAUGUCUUUUGAUUAUGUAUACAAGGAUGGCUGGGACUUUAAGCCGUGGGCCGUUGGCUUGGCCUUUGUUCCCAUCAAUUUGGGAUACUUUUUCGGCUUCUUCUCGUUCUUCCCUACCAUUAUUCAGCAGCGCAAGGUGCGUAGGAUGGAUCCAGAAGCACUUUUGCCAGAGGUGCGUCUGUGGUGGCUAUUGUGGGUGGCGCCACUCGAGCCGAUUGGUCUGUUCGGUUUUGCGUGGACGUCCAUGGGAAGUGCCCACGGUGUGCACUGGAUCGGAACCAUGAUUUUCUCGGUGAUGAUCGCCAUUGCUAACUAUGCUAUUUAUAUGGCAACGAUUGACUACAUGGUGGAAGCGUAUGGAGAAUAUUCGGCUUCAGCUACCGGUGGAAAUGCACUGGCGCGUGAUCUUCUUGCAGGUAUCUCGGCCAUGUAUGCGGUGCCUAUGUACAAGAAUAUUAGUCCAUCAUCGUACAGCUACGAGUGGGCCUCGACGUUCCUUGGAUUUGUCUCUAUAUUGGUGAUUGCACCCAUUUAUCUGUUUUAUUGGAAGGGUCCUCAGAUCCGUGAACGGUCGCCCUUCGCGCAGGAGAUUCUCAAGCAGGUCAGAGAGUCUCGCCUUCGUCGAAAGUAUCCUGAGGCACACCCGGAUGAUGUUCGUGAGGCAAUCGAGAAGGCUGAAAAUGAUGAACACGCCGAACAACUUGUUCAAGAAAUCGCAUAG